AUAUUUUGCAUUUGAUUGAAGUUGCAAGAAUUAUAAAGAAAAGAUAAGUGAGAGGGGAAGGGAGGGACACGUUUGCUGUUUUCUUUUUAUCUUGAAAGAUGUAAGCAAUUUUUUUCAUGUGAUUGCAACAUAUUACCAAAUUAACCCCACUCAAUACAUAAAUUCUAGUUAAUGUAUGCCCCCCUUUUCUGGGGUUAUACAUACCUCUACAAAGCUUGGAAUGGAUUUAUCACCAUCACUUCUAGUUCAGAAGGACCUUCAUAAUAUCCAAUGACCAUCAUUAAAACUGUGACAAGCCACAAUGUCCUUCCAAGAUAGUCAAGAUAAAGACCAAUAUCACAACAGUUAUCCAUCUGGAUACUAUGAGAACUCUAGGAGCUCAUAUCACACACCAAAAAACUCUGGAUAUGGUAAUCAGAGUGCAAAUACGAGGUUUUCAACAUUAGAACCAACUGCUCAGGAGUUUUAUCCAGGUAAUGUUGCAAAUUCUCAAAGUGGGGCCAUCAAGAAAAAAUCUCACAGAAAUCCCGGGAGAGGAGGUAAAGGAAGAUAUGGAACUGGAAGGACAUUCACUGGACACAGAAGUGACUAUAAUGAUUAUAGCAAUGCCUACCAUGGAGAUGAUGAAUAUGUGAACAAUUCUCCAAGAAGUUACCCUAAAGAGGGUUAUAGAGACAACACCCAAAGGAAUGCUGAAUCAUCUUAUGGGUAUAAUGAUGGUCAUAGAUCUGGUUACAAUACAUCAUCCUACACUGGUAAUGAUGAAAUCUACAAACCACAAAACCAAAGCUAUAGGCCACAAUCACAACCUAACAACUACAGCAGUAGAAGAAAUGACUUUGAAAAUGCACAGUCAUUGCAUAACAGGGAGUUUCCUGAAGAAAGUUCUGGUGAUAUUCAUGAUUCAAAUGGAGGCAAAAACUACAGUUCUCAAAACUAUAGGAGACAGGAUAGAAAAAAAAUCUAUGAAAAACCAGGGAGAAAUGACUGUGAUGAAUAUUAUUAUAGCAAUGAUAAUAAAGGGAGAAAUAAUGAUUCAGAAUAUCAAAAUUAUGAUAUUACCUCAAAUGGUUAUGAAAAUUCACAUGAGGAGUACAAAGAUUUUCCAGAAGAUACCCAUUCAGUAGGUGCAAGAAAUGGUGUAUCUAAUCCAAAUAGGGCAAAAAGUUACAAUUCAACAAACUACAGGAGACAUGAUGGGCAAUAUUAUGAAAAACCAAUGAAACAUAACUAUGGUAAAUAUAAUGAUGGCAAGCAGAGAAGUAAUGAUUCAAGAGAUCAGAGAUACAAUAAACCUGGUUCUAGUGAUUCUAGUAAGUUCUAUAAUAGAGACACACCUUUAGAUAUUGGUUUAGUUGAAGCUAGAAGUAAUGUAUCUAAUCCAAAUUGGGCUAAAAACUACAAUUCCCAGAAUUACAGAAGAAAUGAUAGAAAUUAUCAUGAAAAACCUGCCCAAGAAGAGUAUAACUAUGAUGAUGAUAGGAAGAAAAAUAAUGAAAAAUAUGAUGAUGGUGGUUCAAAAACAAGAAACAACUAUGAUAAAUACAACAGUCAUAGUAAUAAUGAAUCAAAAAAUAAAAAGGUUGAUGACAAUGGCUCAAGGUCCAGAGACUUUAAUGAUUAUUCUGAGACAAACAAAAUGAAGAAGUCUUAUGAUUAUAGAAGGACUGAUGUCAAUAAAUCAUAUGAUAAUAGGUACCAGAAAUAUGACCAGGAUGGUCAACCAUUUGAUUGGAGGAAAUCAAAUAAUGCUAGUAAGAGCAAUAAAUCUGCUAACAAUUACAACAAAAAAAUGGACGCAGCCUCACAGAGAGAAAGGCUAGAAGAGAUGCUCAACCACCGAGCUCUCGAAUGCCUAGUUUGCUGCGAAAAAAUCAAAAACUCCGACCGCGUCUGGUCCUGCAUGCUCUGCUACAACAUCCUCCAUCUCCACUGCGUCGCCUCGUGGGCCAAAUCCUCCAAAAUCGGAGAAAACUGGCGAUGCCCCGCCUGCCAGAACGUCUGCAACGAGGCCCCCAGAAAGUACAAAUGCUACUGUGGCAAAACAGCGGAUCCCAAACCCGACCCAGGCACCAUCCCGCAUGGCUGCGGAGAAAUGUGCCUGCGAAAAGGCAGAAACUGCGAGCACAAAUGCACGCUGCUGUGCCAUCCGGGCCCCUGUCCUGAUUGCGUCAUCAUGGUGGGCAAGGAGUGCGGCUGCGGGGCUACCAAGCCGGUCGUCAAGUGCAGCACUGAUGUCGAGAUCGUGUGCGAGGGGCCCUGCGGCAAGCUGCUGGAAUGCGGCCUUCACAACUGCAAGCUGACCUGCCAUUCGGGCGAUUGCGGGCUGUGCGACAAAAUGAUCAUCCAGGAGUGCUACUGCGGGAAGGAGGGCAGGAAGGUCCCGUGUCAUUCCAAGCAACAGGGUAGGGUCCAGUAUGAAUGUGGGGAUAUCUGCGGGAAGAUGUUGGCUUGUGGGAAUCACAAGUGUCAGUCAUUGUGUCACGAGGGACCUUGUGGGACCUGUGUGAGGGACGUCAAGGUGGUUCAUUCUUGUCCUUGUGGAAAGAAUGGGCUCAAGGAAGAAAGAACGUCAUGUUUGGACCCGAUACCAUGCUGUGAUAAGCUAUGUGGUAAACCACUCAAAUGUGGUCAGCCUAGUUCCCCGCACAAAUGCGAACGAUACUGCCAUGAAGGAGAAUGUCCGCCAUGUCCUUUAACGACUUUAGUGAGAUGUCGUUGCGGUCAUAUGGACAAGGAGAUACCUUGUCAACAGUUGACAACCAAAGCCGACGAUGCCAGAUGUGAAAAGAAAUGUACCAAGAAACGGCUCUGUGGGAAGCACAAGUGCAACCAGCGCUGCUGCAUCGAGAUCGAGCACGCGUGCCCUUUGCCCUGCAAUCGGCAGCUGUCGUGCGGCAACCACCGGUGCGACCGCUGUUGCCACUCGGGUCGGUGUCCGCCCUGCGCAGAGGCCAGUUUCGAGGAGCUGCGCUGCGAGUGUGGCGCCGCCGUAGUGUUCCCGCCCGUGGCGUGCGGUACGAGGCCGCCCGCGUGCUCUGAGGAGUGCUCGAGGGGCAGGCAGUGCGGGCAUGCGGCGAACCAUGCGUGCCACGUGGGCGGGUGUCCGCCGUGCACGGUGCUCUGCAAGAGAUGGUGCUACGGCCGCCACGAGCAGCGCUCCGCCAUCCCGUGCCACCAGGAGAACUUCAGCUGCGGCCUGCCCUGCGGUCGCGACCUGCCCUGCCGUCGGCACAAGUGCCCGAAGCCGUGCCACGACGGGGCCUGCCCGACGCCCUGCAAGCUGCCCUGCCCGGUGACGAGGCCGUUGUGCGGCCACCCUUGCGGCCGCCCGUGCCACGAGCCGCCCUGCCCGGAGACCAGCUGCAGGCACACGGUGCAGGUGACGUGCGCGUGUGGGCUGCAAAAGGCGACCAAGGCGUGUGUCGAGGUGGAAGGUGAAUUCAAGAAUUUGCAGAUGUCUCAAAUCAAGGACAAAAUGGGAGUGCUAUCUAACAAUCAGUCGGUGGAUAUUUCGGAUAUUUUAAACACCCCAAAGAGGCCUACCACUCUCAAAAUACUGGAUUGCACAGAGGAGUGCAAAGUCCUAGAGCGCAACCGACGACUGGCCAUAGGGCUCCAAAUCCGCAACCCUGACCUCAGCCAAAAGCUCACGCCCAAAUACUCCGACUUUAUGCGCCAGUGGGCGAAAAAGGACCCGCACUUCUGUCAGCGCGUCCACGACAAACUGACCGACCUCGUCCAACUGGCCAAAAGCAGCAAGCAGAAGAGCCGCGCCUACUCGUUCGAAUCGAUGAACAGGGACAAGCGCCAUCUAGUGCACGAGUACUGCGAGCAUUUCGGGGUAGACAGCGCCGCCUACGAUGCGGAACCGAACAGGAACAUUGUGGCGACCGCCCUUAAAGACAAGUCCUGGCUGCCCAGCAUGAGUCUUUUGGAGUUUCUGCAGAGAGAGAACGGGCAAAGGAAGGUGCCAGGGCCGGUGUCUGUUUUGGGGAAGAGCGCUGCUGGGAAGCAGGAGACGGUGUCUCUGAGGCUGCCAGGGAAGGUGCUCAGGCCUAGUAGUCCGCCAGUGGAGUGUUUCGAGCCUUUUCCAUAGUUAUUUUUUUCUUUUUUACGAUGAGUCACUUUAUAGAACUGUUAUUAUGUUUUAAUUGGGUAAAUACAUUUUUUCGG